GGUGAGUUCCUGGACAUGAAGACUCAGGAGUGUCGGAAAUGUGCGCUAGGAACCUACUCUUUGGGCACAGGAGUCGCUUUCGAUGAGUGGGACAACCUGCCAGCAGGGUUUGUCAGCCAAGGUGUCAGCAUGAGCUACGGAAGCACCUACACAAACUGCACCAAUUCCACCUGGACCCCAAAAGGAGACUACAUUGCAUCAAACACUGAUGAGUGCACUUCCACACUGUCCUAUGCUGUAAACCUGAAAAAACCUGGCUCCGUUUCCUUCCAGUACUUCUACCCUGACAAAACAAUCUUCUUUGAGUUCUAUGUUCAGAACGACCAGUGCCAGUCUACUGACUCACAGAGCCGCUGGAUGAAAACAUCAGAGAGCAACUGGGACUCCCACUAUGUGAACCUGAACCAAGGGAAUAACAUCCUGUACUGGAGAACCACCGGGUUCGGUCUGGCCGGUACUGCUGUUAAACCAGUGCUCCUGCGAAACAUUGCCAUCUCAGGAGUGGCCUAUACCUCAGAGUGUUUUCAUUGCAAACCUGGCACCUAUAGCGCCAAACCCGGAUCUGCCCGCUGCGCCCCGUGUCCCGUCGAUACCUACUCUAACAAGGGUGCCACCGCGUGCCAACCAUGCGAGAAGGAGAAAUAUGCUGGUAUUGGUUCAGGUACAUGCCUGGAGCGGCCACCGUGUAAAGAGACCGACUAUUUCUACACUCACACACCAUGUGACUCUGAAGGAAAGACUCAGCUCAUGUAUAAGUGGAUUGAGCCGAAGAUCUGCAGCGAGAACGCGGAGGGGGCGGCGAAACUGCCAGCGUCGGGCCAGAUGGAGACUUGCCCACCGUGCAACCCUGGAUUCUUUCCCAACAACAGCUCUGUCUGUGAGCCCUGUCCCCACAGCUUCUACUCCAAUGGAACAGCGUGCUCGGAGUGCCCUGUUGGAACCGAGCCCGUGAUUGGCUUUGAGUACAAGUGGUGGAACCGGAUGCCUAGCAACAUGAGGAGCUCUGUCUACAGUCGUGAGUACAGUGACUCAGAGAGGACCACAGCAUGGGAGGUGGCUGGAGAGUACAUUUACACCACACCGGGAGAUCUGGAUUCAGACCUCAUGAUUCUAACUCUUAGCGUCCCUGGAUACAGCUUACCCAAUGCCCUGGCCAAAGAACCCGAGAGAGGAGAAAUCUCUCGAAUCUCGUUUGUCUUUGAGACAAAGUGCACGGCUGACUGCACACUCUAUUUUAUGGCGGGCUUAAACGAGAGGAAUAAUGAUGGAGUGGAGCAGUGGACUGGAACUAAUGGGAAGCAAUCCUACUCAUACCUCAUCAAAAACAACAACACUGUGAGCUUCACCUGGGCCUUCCAGCGUACCUCCACAUACUCUACGGGGAGACAGUACAGUUCUGAUUUUACCAAGAUCUACGCCGUUCACAUCACCAACGUGAUUGGUGGAGUGGCGUCUCACUGCCGACACUGUGCCCUUGGUACGUCCGAGGCAGGGUCAGACUGUAAACCUUGUCCAGCCGGUCACUACAUGGUUAAAGGCACAGGGCUCUGCAAGAGCUGCCCCCCAAACACCUUCAUCAGACCUGAGCAGCCUGUCGGAGAGAAGGCAUGCAUCCCCUGUGGACCGAAUACCAACAGCAAUGAAGCCCACUCUGCCUGUGUCAGUGACUGCACACUGACUGUAAACCAUAGAGGAGAAACCCUGCGCUACGACUUCUCUGCUUUGGCCAACGUCACCAACUUUCAGGGUGGCCCGCGCUUUACCAGUAAAGGCCUCAGAUAUUUUCACCAGUUCAGUGUCGGCUUGUGUGGCACAGAGAGGAGGGAGCUGGCGAGCUGUGUGGACAACGUGACGGAGAGCAGGAAGGAGGUGAGGAGUUACGUCUGCCAGUCUACUGUGGUGCCCUCUGAGGUCAGAGGUCAGAGUAUGGUUUCCUCUCAGCCCUUCAGUAUUGGUGAUACACUAAAAGGGGUGACUACCGAAUCUAAAUUAGAUCAACUUUCAUCUCCAAAGAAUUACUUCCCCCUUGAGUCUGACUUGCCGGAUGUCAUAUUCCACUACAGGGCGAGGGAAACAACACAAGCCUGUAAAAAUGGAAGAUCCACCUACAUCAGACUCAGAUGUGAUCCCACAGUGGCAUUGAAAGACCAGAUCUCUUUGCCCAGUAAAUGUACUGAAGGCACCUGUGAUGGCUGUUCAUUCCACUUCCUGUGGCGGUCCAAGUACGCCUGCCCUCUCUGUUCAGAAAGUAACUACAAAGAGAUUGUGAGCGCUUGUGUCAAAGGCAUUCAGAGAACCACUUACGUUUGGCAUCAGCCUCUGCGUUGCACCGGGGGUGUCUCUCUCCCCCCUCCAAAGGUGAAUGCCUGCGUCACUCUGGACUUCUGGCUGAAGUUUGGCGUUUCCAUAGGAACACUGGCUGCUUUGCUGCUCAUUGGCAUCAGCUGCUACUUCUGGAAGAGAACCCGCAAGUUAGAGUAUAAGUAUUCUAAGCUAAUGAUGACCGCCGGGGAGAAAGAGUGUGAGUUGCCAGCUGCAGACAGCUGUGCCAUCAUGGAAGGUGAAGAUGCAGAAGACGACCUCAUCUACCUCACCAAGAAGUCUUUCUUUGGAAAGAUCAAGUCCUUUUCCAGACAGAGAACAUCGGACGGAUUUGAUUCGGUGCCUCUGAAGUCAUCGGCAGGACAGGAAAUGGAAAUGGACUAG